CGGCGAGGAUAAAGCAAGAUGGCGUCUGACGGUGAAGACGUUAUUGCAGUCGUCACAGUUCAGUGUUCUUAAUCUUUGCCUCCAUGUACACAUAUAUGUCCUUUAUUAGACUCUAUUAAAUAGAGUAAACAUCGUUAAUAACUGUUUGCAUCCGGUUAUAUUAGUCUGAGCGCACUUUGUUGCUUCUCGAGCUAGCUUAGCUUGCCAGUUAGCUUAGCUUGUUAGCUGCUAACAAAGAGAGGCGGAAGUGAUCAAAACACAUCGCUAAGUAGAGAUCAAGUGUGAGUGUAAAGUGUUGUGAUUGUGUGAAAAUGUGCGAAAGAACGACAGCAGAGUACGAGGAGGAACUUUGUCCAACAAAAGAGGAUAAUAAGCGACAACAUCAAAAACAUCAAGUUGUGUUACACAGAACAGACAUCCAUCAGCUGAUUGAACACCAAGAAGAAUGUCUCCCUCAUCUGCAGGGGGACAGUUUGACUUUAGAGUAUCCAGAGCCCUCACAUUUUAAAGGGGACGAGGAGGAUCCACAGCCCCCUUAUUUUAAAGAGGAAGAGGAGGGAGAGUGUCCUGUAGGGCAGGAGGAGGCGGAUCUCAGCAAGUUUCCACUGACUGUUGUUUCUGUGAAGACUGAAGAGCAUGAAGACAAACCACCUGAGUCCUCACAGCUUCAUCACAGUCCAAACGUCUGUGAAGAACAUCUUCACCCUGAGCAACAGAAGUGGAGCUUCAGGAUGCGGACGGAGGAACCACAGCCCUCCCACAUUAAGAAGAAAGAGGAAUACCCACUGAUCCCCCAUUUUAAAGAGGAAGAGGAGGACCCACUGAAUCCCCAAUUUAAAGAGGAAGCGGUGGAUCCACUGAGCCCUCACAUUAAGGAGGAAGAGAUGGAUCCACCUACACCCCGUUUUAAAGAGGAAGAGGAGGACCCACUGACACCCCAUUUUAAAGAAGAAGAGAACCAACUGACACCCCUUUUUAAAGAGAAAUCGGUGGAUCCACUGACCCCUCAAAAUAAGGAGGAAGAGGUGGAUCCGCUGACCCCUCACAUUAAGGACGAAGAGGAGGACCCACUGACCCCUCACAUUAAAGAGGAAGAGGAAGAACACAGCAUCAGUCAGCAGGGAGAGCAUUUUGAAGAACUGGAGGAGGUUGAUGUCACCAAGAUGCCAGUGACUGGUGUCCCUGUGAAGAGUGAAGGUGAUGAGGUCAAAGGUGAAAGUGAGGAGAGGGGUGGGGGGGAGCCUCCAAGCAGCAGCUCAACACAACACAUGACAACAGAAGCUGAUGGAGACCACUGUGGAGGAUCACAAGCAGACAAGCUCUUAGCUCCACUAUCAGAUAAUGAGGACACAACGUCACACUCUCCUGACACUGAUGAUGAAGACUCUAAAGAUGAUAAGACAUGUCACACUGACAACACUCACUUCAAGUGUUCUCACUGUGACAAAACUUUUAAAUACCAUAGUGAUUUGAAAAGACACAUGAGAACACACACUGGAGAAAAACCCUUUUCAUGCUCAGAAUGUGGUAGAGAUUUUAGACUAAAAGAAAUGAUGAAAGAACACAUGAGAAUACACACUGGAGAAAAACCUUUUUCAUGUUCAAUCUGCGGUAAAGAUUUUACUCAAAGGCCACAUUUGAAAACACACAUGAGAAUACACACUGGCGAAAAGCCUUUUUCCUGCUCAGAAUGUGGUAAAAGUUUUGGAAUAAAUCGAAGUUUAAAAAUACACAUGAGAACACACACUGGAGAAAAACCUUUUUCAUGUUCAAUCUGUGGUAAAAAUUUUACUGAAAAGCAAAGUUUGAAAACACACAUGACAAUACACACUGGAGAAAAACCUUUUUCAUGUUCAAUCUGUGGUAAAAAUUUUACUCAUAGGCAAAAUUUGAAAUCACACAUGACAACACACUCUGGAGGAAAACCAUUUUCAUGUUCAAUCUGUAGUAAAAAAUUUACUCAAAGGCAAUAUUUGAAAACACACAUGAGAAUACACACUGGAGAAAAACAUUUUUCCUGCUCAGAAUGUGGUAAAAGUUUUGUAUUUAAUGAAAAUUUUAAAGUACACAUGAGAACACACACUGGAGAAAAGCCUUUUUCAUGUUCAAUCUGCGGUAAAGAUUUUACUCAAAAGCCCCAUUUCAAAGCACACAUGAGAAUACACACUGGAGAAAAACCUUUUUCCUGCUCAGAAUGUGGUAAAAGCUUUGUAAUAAAUCGAAGUUUAAAAGUACACAUGAGAACACACACCGGAGAAAAACCGUUUACAUGUUCAGUAUGUGGAAUAAGUUAUAAAGAAAGACGACAAUUAAAAAUACACAUGAUAAAGCACUCUGGUGAAAAACCAUACUCCUGUUCAAGCUGCAACAAAAGCUUUUGUCACAAAAAAUCUUUUACAGUACACAUGAGAACACACACAGGUGAGAAAAUGUUGAGUUGCAGUGUGUGUGGUGAAAGAUUCUCUUUUAAGUAUCAGUGUAAGAAACACAAGUGUGCUGGUGAGAACAGCAGCAGCAAAUGAAGAUGCAGGAUUUGAAAUAAACUGUCAAGACUUUUAACUUUGACUUUCUAACAACAUCAGCACAUAUAACAUGUGUGAUACCAUUGUUGUGUGUGUAAUACAAUCUUGUUAAUAUGAUUCUCACAUUUAUAGAUUAGACACUUCAGAUCAGUGCUUUUAUUUCACGGUGGCAGAGGGGUUAGUGCGUCUGCCUCACAAUACGAAGUUCCUGCAGUCCUGGGUUCAAAUCCAGGCUCGGGAUCUUUCUGUGUGGAGUUUGCAUGUUCUCCCCGUGAAUGCGUGGGUUCCCUCCGGGUACUCCGGCUUCCUCCCACUUCCAAAGACAUGCACUUGGGGAUAGGUUGAUUGGCAACACUAAAUUGGCCCUAGUGUGUGAAUGUGAGUGUGAAUGUUGUCUGUCUAUCUGUGUUGGCCCUGCGAUGAGGUGGGGACUUGUCCAGGGUGUACCCUGCCUUCCGCCCGAUUGUAGCUGAGAUAGGCGCCAGCGCCCCCCGUGACCCCGAAAGGGAAUAAGCGGUAGAAAAAUGGAUGGAUGGACAUGAGUUAAUAUACACAUUUGUGUACUUUAAAAUGAACAGAACAAUUUGACUGAAAGGGUGAGAAUAAACAGUACAUAAAAUAUGUUACAUACAAUAAACAUUUUAUGUGUAUAUAUUCAUAAUUCAGUCUUAUACUUAUUUAUAAUAUUGUUUUAUAUGUUUUUUGAAAUAAUGACGUGUUACAUAUUUUGUUUUGUAAUUGUGGAUGAUUCCAUAGAUGAACUCCUUUAUAUGAUGUACAUAUUUGUUUUACAUGUGUUCAUACCUUCGCUUUUGAGUACACAUAAAUCCCUCUUAGUUCAUAUUUACUGGUUCACAUCUGAAACAUCUUCUGGACCACUUCUGGAAGCAUAUUAUUAUUUACUUUAUACAUCAUUUGAACACUUGUCUUGUAUACAAUUUGAAAACGUGUUACUUUUUGAAUCCUUUGUUGGGUCUCUAUAAUCCAUUCUUUGAAUUAUCUUUAUUACUCCCUUGUGUAAUAUGAAUAUUGUUGUGUGAUUGUUUUAUACGUAUGUCCCCAGACCUUCAUGCAAUAAACAAUGUAUGUUUCAACUAAAGUUGGGUACAAUAAAUGUUGUUAAUAUUUGUG